AUGUUGAUUGGCAUCGCAAUACAAUUGGAUUUAAUUUAUUCCAAGUCAACUGAACAUUUUACCUCAUUUAACAUAAAUUAUGGAGCUAAAGGAGAUUUUUCUGCCAUGGAAGUCGCUCAAGAUAUUGGAAUGAAGAAAGAGGAAGUAAUCCCAUCGCUAAUCAGAUCCAUUGAUGCUAACGAAAUUGCUGGAUUUGAUUUUGCACUUAUGGAUUCUGUGGGAAAUAAUAACGAAGGGGAAUGCUCGAAUCUUCACUUGAACCACCAUAUAACACCGUCGAUUUCAAUCAGCAUGCCACCGUCUCCGAUGAAAACCCACCUGCAAACCCCCAAAAGAGUUGCAUUCAGUCCCGACGUUGAACUCGACAGAAAGAGUCAACUACCAACCACUAAUCACGCCACCAGAUUCCAUUCUCAACCCAUACCCACCGGCGUCGGUUUUGAAGCAGCUGUAGCCGCCGGAAAAUCCCCCAAUCUGCCUGUGAGAAACCCCAGAAUCGAAAAACUAAAAGACGAAAGAUACAACUCAUUCAAAACUUGGUCAGGUAAACUCGAGAGAAAUCUCUCCACUUUACGAGGAAAACCACCGACUGAUCAACCGCCGGUGAACACCCCCCGCGAAAAUUUGCCUGUUGAUCGGUAUUUCGAUGCAUUGGAAGGACCAGAGUUGGAUACUCUCAGGCCAUCGGAGGAAAUAAUUCUUCCCGACGACAAACAAUGGCCGUUUCUUCUCCGGUAUCCGAUCUCAUCAUUUGGUAUAUGCCUCGGUGUCAGCAGUCAAGCGAUCAUGUGGAAGAAUUUGGCGUCGACGCCUUCCACACAUUUCCUUCAUAUAAGCCCGAAUGUGAACUUAAUUCUAUGGUGCAUAUCAGUCGUUCUUUUCGUGGUUGUGGCUUCGACUUACCUUCUGAAAAUGGUUCUUUAUUUCGAAGCUGUUCGUCGGGAAUACUACCAUCCCAUUCGAGUCAAUUUCUUCUUCGCUCCAUGGAUCGCAUUACUGUUUUUGGCCUCCGGAGUUCCACCUUCGGUGACCACAAAUCUACCACAUUUUCUAUGGUAUGUUCUUAUGACACCCAUUUUCAUCCUGGAGCUCAAGAUUUAUGGGCAAUGGAUGUCCGGAGGGCAGCGGAGGCUAUCCAAGGUGGCGAAUCCGUCUAAUCAUUUAUCGGUGGUCGGAAACUUCGUCGGGGCGUUGUUGGGUGCGUCGAUGGGUUUAAAAGAAGGUCCGAUCUUCUUCUUCGCCGUCGGAUUAGCUCACUACACGGUGUUGUUCGUGACUCUGUAUCAGAGACUUCCGACCAAUGAAACUUUACCAAAAGAGCUUCAUCCUGUUUUCUUUCUGUUUGUUGCUGCUCCAAGUGUUGCUUCAAUGGCGUGGGCGAAAAUCAAUGGAUCCUUCGAUUAUGGCUCUCGUCUCGCUUACUUCAUCGCCAUGUUUCUUUACUUCUCACUGGCAGUCCGAGUGAACUUUUUCAGAGGAUUCAAGUUCUCGUUGGCAUGGUGGGCAUAUACUUUUCCGAUGACCGGAGCUGCAAUUGCAACAAUUACAUACACAAACGAAGUCUCAAACAUAGUCACUAAAUCUUUAUCGACUACUCUCACAGUAGUUGCAACCCUAACAGUCUUCGGCUUACUGAUAACCACAAUUCUGCAUGCUUUUGUGAUGAGAGAUCUCUUCCCGAAUGACAUCGCCAUUGCAAUCAGUGAUCGGAAGCCAAAAACUGUUCGGAAAUGGUUCCACCGGAGGACCGGCAGCACUGAGAAAGAUAUUGAACAUUACCUUAAAUUUGUGACUUCCGAUGUGGAGGGUUCUGUGGAACCCUCAUCCACAGAGGAAAAGCGCACCAAAGACGUUGAAAGCCAAGUUCCAUUGCCAUGAAAUACAUGGAGGAUUCGCCGAUAAGACAAUGGAGGAACUUGGGCCUCCGAGUUCCGAUGAUGUUGGAUGUCAAGAGUGAAAGAGUUGUGUGUGAAAGGAAUAGUAGAUUAAGAAUGUUGAUGAGUUGUAAAUUUGGUGUAAUAAUGUUACGAUAUUAUUAGUUGUAAAUUUGGUGUAAUGAUGUUAUGAUAUUAUUAGUUGUACGUUUCCAUUCUAUUCAAUGAUUGAGCAUCACUUAAUUCAUUGUACCUACUUGAUCGCUUUGAUUUUUGGUUGACC